CCAUACGUAUUAGGUCGGUUUAUGUAAAGAUAUAUAUAUACCCUCUCCCGGCCUUCAAUAUGAACUUAACUCUCUCCCCUUUAACUUUCAGACCAACAUCUUAUCACGAGUCCGAGUGUUCUUGGAUUGGAUAUAUAUCACUUCAAGACAUCUUGUGCAACGGCGACUAAAAUCCCUCUGGCUGGUCCCCUCUAAGUUAUCACAACUACUUAUUUGCUUUUAUAUCGCGUGUCGAGUUCGAUCAUUACCAUUCACUUCAACAUCAACCAUGUCUCUAGAACCCCAGCAACCUACCUUCCACCGCGGCAGCUUUGCCGACGAGAUCGAGACAGCGAGAACUGAUCUCUCUCGCAAGCUGCUUGUCGGUGAGUCCUCAUCCAGGAGCCCGUCCGAGUCAGAGACCGCUCCGUCUCUCAGCCCCACUGCCAGCGCCACUCCGUCGAGCCCGGAGUCCGAUGGGGCCGUCUCACCUAUCUCCCCUCCUGUCGACGACGAACUUGUUGCAGACAGCUUCGCCUUCGCCUUCGAUAUCGAUGGCGUCUUAGUUAGAGGUGGCCGACCCAUCCCCGAGGCUAUCCAAGCCAUGAAGGCCCUUAACGGCGAGAAUGAAUAUGGAAUCAAGGUUCCCUACAUUUUCCUAACCAAUGGCGGUGGUAAAACUGAGGCCGAACGUUGUGGCGACCUAUCCCGCCAGCUGGACAUUGAGAUCUCUCCAGCUCAAUUCAUCUGUGGCCACACACCAAUGUCUGAGAUGGCUACCAAGUACAAUACGGUGCUAGUUGUCGGUGGUGAGGGUGAGAAAUGCCGUACCGUCGCCCAGGGAUACGGCUUCAAAGACGUUGUCACUCCCGGCGACAUCAUCAAGGCUGACGCUGCCACUACACCAUUCCGCAAGUUAACCCCCGAAGAGCAUCGCAACUCUAAGGAACGAGAUUUCAGCAAGGUCACCAUCGAGGCAAUUUUCGUUUUUGCCGACUCUCGUGACUGGGCCGGUGACUUGCAAAUCAUCCUCGACUUAGCCAUGUCCAAAGGUGGCCGUAUCGGUACCCUCUCCGAGACCUUCGAUGAGGGCCCACCGAUCUACUUCUCUCACAACGACGUCGUCUGGUCGGCUGCCCAUGACAAUGUCCGUCUCGGCAUGGGCGCGCUCCGAGGUAUUGUCGAAUACACCUUUAAGGAAGUCACCAAGGGCAAGACCCUGGAGACCCAUGCUUUCGGCAAACCCCAGAUCGGGACCUUUGAAUUCGCUACCCGGUUGCUCAAGCGAUGGCGCAAGAAUGAGCACGGACUCAACGCUCCCCCGAACACGGUGUAUUUCGUCGGCGACACGCCCGAGAGCGAUAUCCGGGGCACCAACCAGUACAACGAGAAAGCCGAAAACGACUGGUAUAGCAUUCUGGUCAAGACCGGUGUCUACCAGGAUGGUACUGAACCGGCUUACAAGCCUCGUGUUACCGUCAAUACCGUGCUAGAUGCUGUGAACCACGGCAUUGAGCGCGAGAUGGAGCGACGAAAAAUGAAGGCCCAAAGAAAGCCCCGCUUGGUCGAUAUGCCCAAGUUGACCUUGGAAGAGGCUCAAGAUCUUGCCGUCUUCAGCCCCGCUGAGGAGCGUCCUCUUGAGCUUACAGCAUGAUUUAUACGAUAUUACGACUGUUAUAUUUUAGAUGUUUUCAUGAUACCAUAUUUUUUCCAUUCCCAAAUUUUACCACAUUCUAUUACUAUUCACUACAUUACACUCUUCACGCAUGGGAUCAUGCGGUAGUAAGGGCAUUCGUUCGGGCAUUAUUAGGAUUUUUGUAGUAUCAGGAUGGGGGUCUGUCUCAUUAAAUAAUGUUGGAUAUUGUUGCAUUUUACGGCGUUCUUGAUAAAACUGCUAUAUUUAAGCUCAAUUUAUAUGAAGCUAUUUUCAUCGAUUAUAUAUUCUCAUU